GUAGGAGCUCUCGGAUGGCCCCACACAAAAGCGCCGACAAACAUGAAGUCUUUCAUAAUGUCAUUGUUUCUCCUGAUGAAUGCUGUCAGAUCUGCCCUGGGUAUUGCUGCCUCGCCGACAAGCGUGCAUCCCAAACUUGUGUGGAGGUUCUCAGGAUUGAGUAUUGCAACUGCCGUCGCAGGCAUCGCGUUCUGGGUACUUUUUAGAUGCUAUAACGAUACCGAGGAGGCGAUGAAUGCUGCUAGGCGGGAGGAACAGCAAGAGGUGCUUAGGAGCGUGGCUAGGAGAAUGGAGGAGGGAGGGGCG